AUGCUGCGCCCUACAGCGCUGAUACCGGUCAUCUUUGGCCUUGCAGCAUUCGUAUUGACGAUGCUGUGCAUUUUCGCCGGCAGCAAGCCAGACUUUAUGCAGGUGCGUCAGCCAUCCCACCUCUCCAUUCCCUACUCUUCUUCUAACGCAUUCUNNCAGGACUACUCUAUUGUCACACUCAACACAUCACGCAUCGGCACCAACGUCCUCAACACGACUUCCAACACCGACUCCGACUCCAACAUCUUCGAAUCAAUCUGGGAUAAUGUAACCAACAGCAUUGAAUCUUCUAUCAACGACAAAAUCAACUCUUUCGCCAAAGACUUGGGUCUGCAUGAUUUUUACUCUGCACAUCUGCUUGAUUACUGUGAGGGAUACUAUACACCUACCUCUUUACCCAAUGCCACAAUCUCGGCCUCCAAAAUCGAUCAAAAUGUCACGUUCUGCAGUAACCGCACUUUCUUCUUCCACUUCAACCCCACCGAUGCGCUGCAGAAUGAGCUCAACAAGUCUGGCUUGGGAAUUACUCUGCAAGACCUACACUGGCCAGAUGCCGUCAAUGAUGGCAUACACACCCUACGUAUAGCCCAAAAAGCCGCUUUCCUGCUCUACUGCAUUUCCGCCGGUUUAAUCCUCAUCGCCACCUUCUUCUCUCUCGUCUCCUUCUUUGUGCAUGGCCGCCUUUCCGCCUUUAUCGAUAUCUUGCUUUGGAUACUCGCGUUCCUGGCUGCGGUUUUGGCAUCGGCGAUUACCACUGCGGUGGCGGUGAAAGCGAGUAAUGUGGUUAAUGAGCAUGGCAAGAGUGUGGGCGUGCAAGCGCAUAGAGGGGGUAAGUUUAUGGCGUUGACGUGGGUGGCUAGUGGGCUUUGUGGGUUGAAUGUGUUUGUGUGGGUGUUUGAGUGUUUGAGGGGCAGACGUAGGGCUAAGAGAGAGAGUUAUGUGGGUGGGAUUGGGAAGUAG